GGCAUAGGGUCGCACAAGAUUAUACAAUCAUAAGAGGUUGCUACUCAAUUACUAUCGCGAAAGUUGUGUAGCAUCACUAAAAUGUCGGCCCAACUCCUAUCGGGCGGCGCUGUUUGCGGAGUUGGUCGUGCUGCCCCGCCAUCAUCUCAGCGGAAUGUUGUGUUCUCGCGACCUAUCGUUGUCGGCUCCCACUCCGAGCUGGGUUUGAAGCCCUCAUCGAGGGCGGCCCAGCGGUCGUCACGUGGGGUGAAGACUUUGCGUGUGAGCGCAAGCUCUACCACGGCGACUCCCCUGCCAUGGCAGGCCGCGAUGUCGGAAAUCAAGAAGCGCCGUGAUAUCAAUACAAUUAUGAUUAUUGGCGCGGGUCCUAUCGUCAUCGGCCAGGCCUGUGAGUUCGAUUACUCCGGUACACAAGCAUGCAAGUCUCUUAAGAAGGAGGGCUACCGCGUGAUUCUCCUCAAUUCCAACCCAGCUACAAUUAUGACGGAUCCUGGCAUGGCCGACCGCACCUACGUCGGACCUAUGACCCCGGAGCUGGCGGAGCAGAUUCUUGCCAAGGAGCGGCCGGACGCCAUCCUGCCGACUAUGGGCGGCCAGACGGGUCUGAACCUUGCGAAGACCUUGGCAGAGCGUGGUAUCCUUGCCAAGUACGGCAUCGAGCUGAUUGGCGCAAAGCUGCCGUCCAUUGAUCGCGCUGAGGACCGCGAGUUGUUCAAGCAGUCUAUGACUCGGAUUGGGCUCAAGUGCGCCAAGUCGGCUACGGCCACCACGCUCGAGGAGGCACUGACCAUCGCCGCGGAUAUUGGCAAGUACCCCAUCAUCGUGCGCCCUGCCUUUACGCUGGGCGGCACGGGUGGUGGUAUCGCCUACAACAUCGACGAGCUCAAGGAGAUUGUGACGGGCGGCCUGACGGCGUCCAUGACGUCACAGGUGCUGGUGGAGCAGUCGCUGCUGGGCUGGAAGGAAUUUGAGCUGGAGGUCAUGCGCGACCUGAACGACAACUGCAUGAUUGUGUGUUCUAUUGAAAACGUCGACCCCAUGGGCGUGCACACUGGUGACUCCAUCACGGUGGCUCCCUCUCAGACUCUGACGGACAAGGAGCUACAGCGACUGCGUGACGCCGCCAUCGCCAUCAUCCGCGAGAUGGGUGUGGAAUGCGGUGGCAGCAACGUGCAGAUGGCUGUCAACCCCGAGGACGGCGAGAUGGUCAUUAUCGAGAUGAACCCGCGUGUGAGCCGCUCCUCCGCCCUGGCGUCCAAGGCCACCGGCUUCCCCAUCGCCAAGAUGGCUGCCAAGCUGGCUGUGGGCUACACCCUGGACCAGAUCGCCAACGACAUCACACUUAAGACGCCUGCCUCCUUCGAGCCCUCCAUCGACUACGUGGUCACCAAGGUGCCCCGCUUCGCCUUUGAGAAGUUCCCUGGCUCCAAGGCUGAGCUUACAACAAUGAUGAAGUCCGUGGGCGAGGUGAUGGCCAUUGGUCGCACCUGGCAGGAGUCCCUGCAGAAGGCCCUUCGCGGCAUGGAGACCGGACUGGACGGCUGGGCGCUGCCGAAGAACUACAAGCGCCUGCCGCGCGACCAGCUCAUGUACAAGCUGCGUGUGCCCAAUCCCGACCGCAUCGUCAUCAUGUUUCAAGCGAUGGAGGAGGGACUCACGGACGCGGACCUGUUCGAGCUGACCAAGAUCGACCCCUGGUGGCUUGCCCAGAUGCGGGAGCUGUUUAACGUGAGCAAGUGGCUCAAGAGCAAGAAGCUCACUGAGCUGACUGCGGAGGAGAUGGCGUGGCUCAAGCAGAAGGGCUUCUCGGAUUCGCAGAUUGCCCGAUACACCGGUUCCGCGAUGAUGGACGUGCGCUCCUACCGCAAGAGCCUGGGUGUGGAGCCAUCGUACAAGCGCGUGGACACAUGCGCUGCUGAGUUCGAGGCCAACACGCCGUACAUGUACAGCACGUACGACGGCAACAGCGAGUGCGUCCCUACCACAGCGCGCAAGGUGCUGAUUCUGGGUGGUGGGCCCAACCGCAUCGGCCAGGGUAUCGAGUUCGACUACUGCUGCUGUCAUGCCUCCUUCUCGCUCAGGAAGCAGGGCUACGAGACCAUCAUGAUGAACUGCAAUCCGGAGACCGUGUCCACAGAUUACGACACCUCCACCCGCCUCUACUUUGAGCCCAUUACCGUUGAGGACGUGCUCAACGUGAUCGAAGCGGAGCGCCCCGAGGGUGUCAUUGUGCAGUUCGGCGGCCAGACACCGCUCAAGAUCGCCAUGGACCUGGACAAGGCGCUCAAGGCGAACCCCAUCCCGGCGGCAUCGGGCAACGGCAACGUGUGCGUGUGGGGCACGUCGCCCGAGUCCAUCGACAUCGCGGAGGACCGCGACCGCUGGAUGGAGCUGCUCACGAAGCUGAACAUCCGGCAGCCCGCCGGUGGGUCGGCUCGCUCCGAGGAGGAGGCGUUUGAGAAGGCCAGCAAGCUAGGCUACCCCGUCAUGAUCCGUCCGUCGUACGUGCUUGGUGGACGUGCCAUGGAGAUCUUGUACAGCAACGAGGACCUCAAGCGCUACGUAACGUUCGCGGUGGAGGUGGACCCCGAGCGCCCGGUACUGAUUGACAAGUACCUGGACCGCGCCGUGGAGCUGGAUGUUGAUGCGCUGUGUGACAAGGACGGCAAUGUGGUGAUUGCUGGCAUCAUGGAGCACAUCGAGCAGGCGGGCAUCCACUCGGGCGACAGCGCCUGCUCGCUGCCCACGCAAACCAUCCCGCCCAAGGUGCUGGACGAGAUCAGGUCCUGGACCAUUUCCGUGGCCAAGGCGCUCAAUGUGGUGGGUCUCAUAAACAUCCAGUUCGCCGUCCAGGAUGACGUGCCGUACAUCAUUGAGGCCAACCCUCGUGCCUCGCGCACGGUGCCAUUUGUGGCCAAGGCCGUGGGCCAUCCCAUCGCCAAGUACGCCUCCCUGCUCAUGUCGGGCAAGACCCUGGCGGACAUUGGCUUCACGGAGGAGCCCAUUCCCCCGCAUGUGGCGGUCAAGGAGGUGGUGCUGCCCUUCAACAAGUUCCCAGGUGCCGAUACGCUACUGGGCCCCGAGAUGCGCUCCACUGGCGAGGUGAUGGGCAUUGACAAGGAGUUUUCGGCAGCUUUUGCCAAGGCGCAAAUCGCGGCCGGCCAACGGCUGCCCAAGACCGGCAAAGUGUUCAUAUCCAUGGCGGACAAGUACAAACCGGACAUCAUCGCCGUGGCCAGGGACCUGGGAAACCUGGGCUUUGGGCUGGUGGCAACAACCGGUACCGCCAUGGCCCUUCGCGCCGCCGGCGUGCCUUGCGAGCAGGUGUUCAAGAUCCAGGAAGGGCGACCUAAUCCCUCGGAUCUCAUGAAGAACGGCGAGGUCUCCCUAGUCAUGAUGACGUCCAGUGGCGACGAGGCCGACCUGCGCGACGGCAAGGAGCUCCGCCGCCUGGCGCUGUCGCUGUCUAUCCCAACUGUCACCACCGUGGCCGGUGCUCGUGCCACCACCGCUGCACUGCGAGCCAUGCGUGCCGGGCCGCUGGUCCAGAUCCCGCUGCAGGACUUCUUCCCCAACUAUUACGAUGACUCGCUUGAGCUCAUGCUCAAGUAAGAGAGCUGUCUAACACAGCUGCGUCAAGAGGUGCAGCAGCCAGAAUGGAACAAGUGUGUAUAUGCGUGUGUGAACAAGUUACUCCUCUGCAGCAGGCGCGCUUCUUCUUGUCUCUGGACACAUUGUCACGUGAAAGCAAGGGCGAGAUUGGGGCGAGGCUGCACGCCUGCGUUCCUCC